AUGACGAGAAGCCAGCAAGAAGGAACCUCUCGGCAACAAAUGGAGGACAUCACGCCAGAGGAACCAGUACCUGAAGUGGUGAUGCAGGGAGGUACGGAGGAAAGCAUUCUAGCUGCACUGAGGCAGCUUAAGGCAGAAAUGAUGGAGAUGAAGAAGGAACGCCAAAGAGAUGCACUGGAGCUCUCGGCCCUAAGGAGGGAAAAUGCUGGCUUAAGGGAAGAAAUAAAGACACACAUCCCUUCCCAAACGACGCCUUUCAUCCAAGAUCAAGGGGAAUCCUCAGCACUGCAAGACAAAUCAAGGCAAGUCUAUCAAUCGGCAACCAGAGAUGACCGGGACGACCUUGUGAACCGGAGCCCGUUCAUUCACCGCAUUCUGGAAGCCAAGCUGCCCGAUAAUUGGAGAGGGUUGGCAAUAGACAAAUACGAUGGCACAUCCGACCCCAGAGAACACGUGGAUAUCUUUACAACGCAGGUCGGUCUGUACACAGAAAGCGAUGCCUUAUGGUGCAGAAUUUUUCCUACUUCACUCCGAGGACCUGCGCUCAGUUGGUUCACCCGACUCCCCCCUCUCUCCAUCGACUCGUUUACAACUCUCACAAGGCGUUUCAACUUGCAGUUCGCCACAAGCCGGCCCCAUCCCCUAAUAUCCUUGGCCCUAGUCAAUAUUCGCCAAGAGAAAGGAGAAUCACUUAGAGCGUUCAUGGAACGCUUUGGCAAAGUGACUCUCUCAAUUCAUAACUUGGAACCAGCAGUAGUUAUGCACCACCUCACAACAGCAUUAAAGCCGGGACCCUUUGUUAAUAGCCUCUGCAAAAAGCCCCCGAUCGACCUAGAUGAGUUAAGGAAUCGGGCUGCGAAGUACAUGCAAAUGGAAGAAUUAUCCGAAUAUCGGAGCCAGGUACGGAUGGACCAAGGAUCUAACUCAAAAGAUAUAGAAGGAAAGGAAGCCUUUAAAGCAAGGCGGGGGAACGACAGAGGAAAUGAACUUGAGCGACCACCUCGGCGACCGAAGUAUCCGUCCUACACGACGCUUAACACUAAUCAGGCCAGAAUACUUGAUCAAGCGUUGGCCACAGAAAUAUUGAGAAUGCCUAGACGCGCUAACACUCCACAUCGGGCAGAUAAAAACAAGUCUUGCCGAUACCAUCAGAACAGGGGUCACACUACUGAAGAGUGUACGGCACUAAGAGAUAAAAUUGAAGAAUUGAUUAAAGGUGGAUACCUAAAAGAUUUUGUACAGACAGAUCCCACAAAGCAAUCUAACAGAGGAAGAGAUCGUCACCCUGAUUCACCAAAGAGAUUCGACCACAAAAAAAUUGAACGACACAGGAGCAGGUCCAGAGAGCCCCCCGCUAGAAGAUUUGAAGAAAAGUAUCCGAAAAGGGUCAUUAACACCAUAGCCGGAGGGUUUGCUGGUGGAGGACCUACCCAUUCGGCUAGAAAAAGGCAUCUUCGGCAUGUCCGUUCGGUCAAUAAUGUUUCAUUGGGCAGCAGAAUUCGGAUCCCGCCUAUUACGUUCACUGACGACGACUUUCAGGGAGUCGAUCCGGUGCAGGAUGAUCCCAUGGUAAUUAGUGUAGACAUUCUUAACUGCACUGUUCGAAAAACACUAAUCGACCAGGGGAGCUCGGCCGAUAUCCUAUACUGGAAUACAUUCAAGCAAUUAGGCAUCGCAGAACAAGAGCUCAAGGAAUACCAUGAACCAUUGGUUGAGUUUUCUGGGGAACGAGUAGAGACCAAGGGAUGUAUUGACUUGUACACCACGUUUGGAUCAGAACAUGAGGGCAAACGCAUAAGAGUCACUUAUCUUGUAAUAUACUACUCGGCAGACCAUCCCUGA